AUGCCUCUCAACAAAAUUGAUUCGUGGUUUGCACGUAUUAAUCAAGCACUAGGACGGGACAGAAUACCGACAGCUGAUGGUAAAGAAGAUAUUCGGUAUGCUGUACGAAAGAUCAAUCAAUAUUUCAGCGCGGAAAAACCAAAUCAUGAAUCGAUUGGCAAACAUGCAAAUCUCAUCGUUGAACUUUUACUUUCCAUGCAUCGUUGUUCAGAUGAUUUCGAAUUAUUAAGUCAAAUAUUAGUGCUUAUACGCGACGUACUCGAUUGUGACAAGAAAACGCGACGACCAUUGGUUAAAGCACUGAUAAAAAACGAUGUAUGCAGCUUUCUAUUACAUCAUCUUCGUGCUGUUGCUGAUGAUCGUGGUCUAGGACAAGAUCUUUCACUUCAAAUUCAUCAAAUCUUAGCAGUUAUUGGUCAUCACGAUAAACGUCUUCCAUUAAAAGCUCGCCUAUUUAAAACCUUAGGAUGUACGAUUGGCUUGUUGCGGAUAUAUAGUUAUAAUGCCAAGAUUGGUCCAGUGAUUCUGACUCUGUUGAAAAUCUAUGCUAAAAACGCAAUAACUGCGUCAGCGAUAUGUCGCGUUCAAGGUUUACAACCACUAUUGCGUCUAGCACUGACACUCGACCGACGUCAUGCUAAACUGCAAAAGGCUGCUAUCACUGUAGUUCGAUAUCUUACACAAACGAAGAAAUUAGCUGCUCGAGCAGCGACUACAACUAUUGUUCGUGAUAUAUUAGCUAUCGUCUUUUUAAUGGAUAAAUCUCAAGGACCGAGUCGUGGACGUUCAAUUAAAAUCAAAGAAAAUCUCCUCAAAGUGCUCUUAAAUCUAGUUAAAUCAAAGGCUGGUCGUCUUCAAUUUUUGGAAGCUAAUGGUUUUUAUCUUUUGCAUGAAUCAGCGAUGAACGUUCUACAAAAUGAUAGUUUUACUACUUUUCUUGAUCUUUCUUGUCAUAUUAUGUUACAUUGCUGUCCUAAACAACAGUUACCACUUGAAAAUGUUUUUAGUCCAGUGCGAUAUGUUUUACCGCAAGGUUAUGAUUACAUUGUUUCUAAUGAAUUGUUCAUGGCUGAUUCGGAUCCUAAUAUGUAUAAGGAUACGAAUGAGACGCCUGAACAAAGUAAAUCAGUUAUUCCAACAAGUGAACAACGUGUUCGACCGAAGUCAUCGACAGCUUCUAAUGUAGUCACUCGAGUGCCAUCAGCAUCGAAAUCAUCAGCAGUUGCGGCAUGUCGACCAAAGUCAACGAAAGGAGCACGAGCAGAAAAGAAACCACACGAUUCUCAAGCAGUACGAAAGAAGAAAUCGAGUUUAAAUGGGCUCAAAGAUCGUCAAGUGUCAACAAUCGAUGAUGAAGUCGACGAAGAAAGCAAUUCUCUAGUCGAAGAUGAAGAACUCGAUGAUGAAGAUAGUGGUAAGUCCGAUGACGAAGAAGAAGAUGAAGAAGAUGAUGAAGAAGAUGAUCCAUCCAAUCGAGAAAACUUUACGAACUCUUCUGUACCAUUACCGAACGGUGAACCAAUCGCGCGUGAUCCAAUGGAACUAGCUGCAUCUUAUGAUCAAUUUUUUGAUGAAACAGUCGAUCCGAUUCAUGUGCUACGUUUGAAAAUGACACAGACUAUCGUGGAUUCACGGACAGAGAGUUUAUUGACACGAUUAUUUAGCAAUACGUUACCAUCAACAUUGAUGCGCAUCUCAGAUCGAUCUAGCUUUUGUUAUUGGCGUAUGCCUUCAGAUUUACAUUUUCAAGCUUAUUCAAUUCAUGCGACGUCUACAAAAAGUGCCUACCGAUUUACGAAACUUGCAUAUCCAGACGCUUUUAAUGGACUAUCCUAUCCAAGAUGUGAACCCAUGCAAAAAUCAGAUGAACGAAGUAUUCGAUCGAUAUUACUUGGCGAUAUUCAUCGAAUUCUUUCUCCACCAUCGAUUUUCUAUCGAACUGUGUAUGAUUUUGAUGCAGUUGUCAACCGGUCGUCAGUAACAACUUUGGACAACGAUGAUGAACAAAGAUGUCAAAUGCGACCAACCGUUGAUCAUCUUCUGUUCGAUUCUCAAUUUGAAAGCAGCAAUUUACGAAAAGCCAUUCAAAUCACAGAAGAAGAGUAUGAUUUAAUACUCCGUCCAGAUGUCAAUACAUCUCGUCAUCAUCAAUGGUUUUAUUUCGAAGUGUCCAACAUGCGAAACAACAUGACAUAUCGUUUCAAUAUCAUCAAUUUUGAAAAAAUCAAUAGUCAAUUCAAUGCCGGAAUGCAACCAGUGAUAUUCAGUGUACACAAUGCUCGAAAUGGUAAACCAUAUUGGCGUCGAAUCGGUGAAAAAGUUUCCUACUAUAAAAAUAUCUACGGAAGAAAAAAGAAAAUCUAUUACACAUUAACAUUCAACAUACGAUUUCCACACGACAAUGAUAUCUGCUAUAUUGCUUAUCACUAUCCAUAUACAUAUACAAAACUAUUGACGGAUAUAACAAAUUGGUCAAAUACGUAUGACCGAUCGAAUAUUUAUUUCCAUCAGCAGGUACUUUGCAAAACAUUAUCUGGUAACGAUUGUCCUCUGUUGACAAUAACGAGUCUAUAUAAUGAAGAUGAUAUGUAUCAAGAUGAAAAACAAACCAUUCCAAUCCAAGAACGGUCUUAUAUUGUCUUAUCAGCACGUGUUCAUCCGGGUGAAUCGAACGCAUCGUGGAUUAUGAAAGGAAUUAUUGAUUAUCUACUCAGUGAUGAGCAAACAGCACGAAUUCUACGAGAUCGAUAUGUGUUUAAGAUAGUUCCAAUGCUGAAUCCAGACGGUGUUAUCAAUGGAUGUUCGCGUUGUUCAUUAGCGACGAAAGAUCUCAAUCGUCAAUGGUCGUCUCCAAACUCAACAUUAUUUCCAACGAUAUACCAUACGAAAGGUUUAAUAGCAUAUCUAUCAAUGUGUUCUUCACGGCCAGUUACAUUAUUUUGUGACUUUCAUGGACAUUCUCGGCAGAAGAAUUUCUUUUUCUAUGGCAAUGAUCCUCGUCUUCAUUAUCUUGGUCCCGCUGUCGGUCGUUCAGCAGUAACAAAGCUAUUUCCAAAACUAUUCACUGGUGUGCCCGGUUUCGCAUUACAAAAUUGUUUAUUUACCAUGCGAAAACAGAAAGAAGGGUGCGCGCGUAUUGUGGUUUGGGAUGAAUUUAAAAUUGAUUUAGCCUAUACAAUGGAAGCAACAUAUUGUGGUUUUGAUACUGGAAUUUACAAGGGUCUACAAAUCCAAAUAUCAUCGUUACAAUCAAUCGGGCAUGAUUUUUGUCAAGUUUUGUUGAAACUAGUUGAUCAGGAGUUCAAGACAGCUGAAGUUAUUGCUCCAUUUGAAGAACUGUUUAUUGGCAACGAUGAAUAUCAACAAGAGAAACGGACAACUAACAACGAUGAAAAACGUCGUAGUUCCUCAGCAUCCUCUUCUUCCUCAUCGUCAUCCAGUAGUUCGCUGUCAUCAACAGACGGUGAUCUUCAAUGA